GCCAGUUCUUACCAGCCCAGGAGAUCUAAUUAUUGGCAUCUCUUCCCAACCCCAUAAGUGAUUUCAUGCUGGUAGCUUGAAAUUGGCCUCAAGUGGCAAAUCAGUCCCUCUCCCCAAACUGGUUGUUACGCAUUUACCAGUAUACUACUGAUGGGGGUGGUAGAAACCAGGACAGUGAAUUCUCUCCCAUUGUAGCCUCCUGGACAUUUGGGCCUGGUUCCAGAAAGGCCUCAAGGGCUUUACGGACACUACAUUGUGGCUAAAAUGCUGUUCGGGGCUUUGGGUUCUUUUUUUUUUUUUUAAAGAUUUUAUUUAUUUAUUUGACAGAGAGAGAGCGAGAGCAGGAACACAAGCAGCGGGAGUGGGAGGGAGAGCAGGCUUCCCGCCGAGGCGGGAGCCCGAUGUGGGACUCGAUCCCAGGACCCUGGGAUCACGACCUGAGCGGAAGGCAGACGCUCAACGACUGAGCCACCCAGGAGCCCAUGGGGCUUUGGGUUCUAUACUGAACAGAAGACAGGCCGAUUUGGAGAAAGGUUGAGGAGUGACAAGCUAUGGAUCACUUAGGUCUCGAUACUGGUAAGAGAAAAUGAGAGCGGUGCCAGGCGAAAGGGCUCCCUUCCCUGGCUUCUCUAGUUUAGCCGACCCCGGCCGGGCUGGGUGGAGUGGAGGAGUAAGGGAAGAAGGUGUCUUGGAGAGGCUGGAGCUCUGUGGUCCCCCCGGCGGUGGCGUUGGCACUUUACUGCGGUCCUUGCCCCGCUCCACCAUCAGAAGGCGCUCUUGCGCGGUCUCCAGGCAGACGGCCGCAGCCCCGCGCGGCGACGCUCUAGUCGCCGUUUCUCAGGCAGGCGGGGCGGCUUGCAGCCGCGAAGAAAGCCUCGCCCGCCCGCCAUGGCGCGGCUCCCGAAGCUGGCGGUCUUCGAUCUGGAUUACACGCUCUGGCCGUUCUGGGUGGACACGCACGUAGACCCCCCGUUCCACAGGAGCAGCGAUGGGGCCGUCCGGGACCGGCGGGGCCGGGCCGUCCGACUGUACCCAGAGGUGCCCGACGUCCUGCAGCGGUUGCGGGACCUUGACGUGCCCAUGGCGGCCGCUUCACGGACAGGGGAGAUCGAAGGGGCCAACCAGCUUCUGGAGCUCUUUGACCUUGACAGAUACUUUGCUCAUCGGGAAAUCUAUCCAGGCAGCAAGGUCGCCCACUUUGAGAGGUUGCAGCGGAAGACUGGAGUUGUUUUCUCCCAGAUGAUCUUCUUUGAUGACGAGAAGCGGAAUAUCGUAGACGUCAGCAAACUGGGUACUGAGUGGAGUUACCUGCAUUCAUGUCCAGAAUGGAAUGAGUCUUCAAACCCUAACUGAAGGACUAGAGACAUUUGCAAAGGCCCAAGCUGGGCCCUGAGGUCCAGUCUUGUGGAUGAGCCUCAUUUGAGGCAUAAAAGGAAAUCCGGAAGGCAUUCUCAGAUGUAUUUGUAAAUUAUUAAAGCAUGUUUGUGUGUGACCGA